AUGGCAUCUCCAGUAGGGUCCCACGAGGAAAAGGCACCGCUUGUUUCAAAUGCUCUGCCACAUCCUCAAAAGCCCAAGGAUUGCACCAGAGAUGUUUAUAUUUUGAGCCUCUCAUUUUUACUGAUCUUUCUUGCCUAUGGGGCUGCUCAGAAUUUGCAGAGUACUUUAAACACUGAGCGAAAUUUGGGCACAAUUUCACUUGGGAUAUUGUAUUCAUCGUUCACAUUAUUCUCCCUGGUUUCUUCCUUGAUAGUACGAGUAUUUGGGUCAAACAAUGCCUUGGUUCUUGGGACAACUGGUUAUUGGGUUUUCGUAGCCGCAAAUUUAAAGCCGAACUGGCAUACGAUGGUCCCAGCCUCUUUGUAUCUUGGGUUUAGUGCUUCAAUAAUAUGGGUUGGACAGGGGACAUAUCUCACUUCUACUGCCCGCGAUCAUGCUAGAUAUUGGAAUUUGCCUGAAGCAGCCGUAAUCGGUCACUUCAAUGGGAUAUUUUGGGCAAUCUAUGCUCUAAACCAGUUUGUUGGGAAUCUUCUCACAUUUGCUCUCCUGAAAAAUGGACAAGAUGGAACUACCAGCAACACAACUUCAUUGUUCACUGUGUUUCUUUGUGUGAUAUCCUUAGGUGCAAUAUUAAUGUGUUUCAUGAGUCAAAGGAGUGGCAAUAAUAUGGGAGAUGAUGAGCCAUCAGAUACUGGUGUUAGUGCUUAUUCAUCCUUAAAGUCUCUGUUUGAAUCACUUGCUAGUGCGUUGUCUGAUGUAAGGAUGUUGUUGGUUGUGCCCCUAAUCACUUAUUCCGGACUACAACAAGCAUUUGUGUGGGCUGAAUUUACAAAGCAUAUUGUGACCCCAGCACUUGGUGUUUCUGGUGUGGGUAUUGCAAUGGCAGUGUAUGGGGCUUUUGACGGAAUAAGUUCUUUGACUGCUGGCCGACUUACUUCUGGUCUCCCAUCAAUCACAUCAAUAGUUUGCGUUGGAGGUUUUGUCCAGGCAAUUACAUUCAUCCUGCUUCUACUAGAUAUAAGCAUAGCUAGUGGAAGACUCAAUACUCUAUACCUACUUUUUAUGGCCUCCUUGUUGGGGAUUGGUGAUGGAGUUUUAAACACACAACUAAAUGCCUUGCUCGGAAUGCUUUUUAAGCAUGACACGGAAGGAGCAUUUGCACAGUUGAAGAUAUGGCAGAGCGCUUCAAUUGCUAUGGUGUUCUUUCUGAGCCCACACGUCUCUUUGCAGGAAAUGCUUCUAAUUGUGAUUACUUCCUUGUGUUUAUCAUUUGGCAGCUUUCUGUUCCUAACUCUUAAGGUAGCCAAGGAAUGAUUUUCCUCCACCAGUUAAUGCAAUUGCAAGCAACACUGAAGCUCGCGCGUCGUCCCCCGCGAAUUGUGGAGAAUUCAGUUUAAGAUUAAAAAUAGAAGA